AUGAUAUGAUCCGCCUCUUCAUUGGAGUUUAUUGAAAGAAGCUUCACUGAAAGUCAUCAUCACAUCAAUUUAAUUUGUUUCUUCUUGACAAAUGUAUUUAACGUUCAAAGUCUUUAUUAAUUCAGUGAUUUAAAUGUUUUAAUUUUGUCCUGGUAAUAGAUAAUUUAUUAUAAUAUCUAUUAUUUUAAAUUUUAAGGGACCCUUUGUGGUUUCCCUUGUUUAAUGUUGAACCUUUUCCGUUGCUUGUUGGUUGGUUUACCUGUAACCUAUUGUUGGUAAAGAAAUAGAGUGGAGAAAAAACCUCCCUCUUAUUGGAUUAUUUGGAUUAAUUUGAAGCAAAUAACUAACUGGACAAGAUGAUUGGUGGAUUAUUCAUUUAUAAUCAUAAAGGAGAAGUGCUUAUUAGCCGCAUGUAUCGAGAUGACAUUGGCCGUAAUGCAGUUGAUGCUUUCCGUGUUAAUGUUAUUCAUGCUCGUCAGCAAGUACGAUCACCGGUAACAAAUAUUGCAAGAACAUCUUUUUUCCAUAUAAAACGAAGUAAUUUAUGGUUAGCGGCAGUUACUAAACAAAAUUUAAAUGCUUCAAUGGUAUUUGAAUUUUUACUGAAAAUGUGUGAAGUAAUGCAAAGCUAUUUUGGUAAAAUAAGUGAAGAGAAUGUUAAAAACAAUUUUGUUCUCAUAUAUGAAUUAUUGGAUGAGAUUCUUGAUUUUGGUUAUCCACAAAAUACUGAUACAGGAAUAUUGAAGACAUUUAUUACUCAACAAGGAGUAAAAUCUCAGACAAAAGAAGAGCAAUCACAAAUAACUUCUCAAGUAACUGGACAAAUUGGUUGGAGAAGAGAAGGUAUAAAAUACCGUCGAAAUGAGCUAUUCCUUGACGUUCUCGAAUAUGUAAAUCUAUUAAUGUCACCACAGGGACAAGUUUUGAGUGCCCAUGUUGCCGGUAAAGUUGUAAUGAAAGCAUUCUUAUCUGGUAUGCCGGAAUGCAAAUUUGGUAUAAAUGAUAAACUUAUUUUAGACACUAAAGGUAAAACAAGUUCAGCUUUAGAUGAUCCAACAACUCGUGGUAAUGUUGGAUAUCCAUCAAAAUCUUCCAUAGCAAUAGAUGAUUGUCAAUUCCAUCAAUGUGUUAAACUAUCAAAAUUUGAAUCGGAACAUAGUAUUAGCUUUAUACCUCCAGAUGGUGAAUUUGAAUUAAUGAGAUACAGAAUUACAAAAGAUAUAUCAUUCCCGUUUCGAAUAAUUCCACUUGUACGUGAAGCUGGUCGAACCAAAAUGGAAGUAAAAGUUGUUCUAAAAAGUAACUUUAAACCUGCAGUUGUAGGACAAAAGAUCGAGGUUAAAAUACCAACGCCCCUAAAUACAAGUGGUUGUCAAUUGAUAUGUAUGAAGGGUAAAGCUAAAUACAAAGCUAGUGAUAAUGCUAUUGUUUGGAAAAUCAAGAAAAUGGCUGGUAUGAAGGAGACACAAUUAAGUGCUGAAAUUGAACUUUUAUUGACAGACACAAAGAAAAAAUGGAAUCGACCACCAAUAUCUAUGAACUUUGAAGUACCAUUUGCUCCUUCUGGUCUUAAAGUUAGAUAUUUAAAAGUAUUCGAACCAAAACUCAACUAUUCCGAUCAUGAUGUUAUUAAAUGGGUUCGUUAUAUUGGCCGAAGUGGACUCUAUGAAACAAGAUGUUAAUAAUAAUAAGGAGGAGAAGAAGAAGAAAAUGAUGAAGAUUAAGAGGAAGAAGAAGAAAAUACAAAGAUGCAAAAGUCAUUCGAUAUCAUUGAUCCAAACUAUCAAUUUACAUUAUAUCACAACUUUAAUCGUGUUGAUCAUGAAAAAUCAUGUGGUUAUGAAAAACAACAAUGAUGAUAUUAGAAAUAAUGAUAACUUAAAACCGGUGAAACACCUACCUUUUAACUUCUAUUGAUUUUGUGUGUUAACUGUUUAUUAUAAUUUAAUUCAUGGGUUGAUUUGGAUUCCAAAUGAAAACUUAUGCGAUAGCGAUUUCUCUAUGUAUUGCCUAUCAGAACUUCUAUUAGAUUACAACGAGUCAAAAUGGUUCUAGUUUCACUAAUAGGUGAAGUGACGCAUAUGUUGUGAAAACCAUUCCAAAUAUUUAAAUAAACUAUUAUAUUUUUUUCAA